GGAAUGGAUAUAGAAUUACACCAACAACAACAGCAAAUCCGUUAUGACCGCCAAAUUCGUUUAUGGGGCGAUGAAGGACAAAAAACUAUUCAAAAAGCAAAAAUUUGUGUUUUUGGUUCUAGUGCUUUAGCUGCUGAAAUAUUAAAAAGUUUAGUUUUGGCGGGUGUUGGAUAUUUUCAUAUUAUUGAUAAUUCAAUUGUAAAGACUUCGGAUUUGGGACAAAACUUUUUUUUGGAUGUUGAUUCUGUUGGGAAAUUGAGAGGAGAAUGCUUGGUUAAAUUAUUGACGGUUUGUUUUUUUAUUGAUUUUUUGGUAGGAGGGGGGGGGGUGUGGCAAGAUGGGACGGGUUAUCCGUGA